CUUCCCUCUCUCACCCGCAACGCCGCUUGCUAGCAGCACAAACAUACUUCGGCAAUCAUGGACGACACCAUGAGUGAUGCGCCCGACGCUCUGCUCGAGCACGACCAGGAAAUGCUCGAACAUAAGCUUGUUAACGAGGAGUACAAGAUAUGGAAGAAGAAUUCCGUAUUCCUAUACGAUAUGCUCUAUGGACGCGCGCUCGAAUGGCCCACUCUCACAACGCAGUGGCUGCCCGACAAGAAACCAGUCGAGGGCACGAACAUGAGCGCGCACCGAAUGAUCCUCGGCACACACACAUCAGGGCAGGCGCAGAAUUAUCUGCAGAUUGCGCAAGUCGAAAUUCCAGAUUUUCGUGUGCCGGACCUGUCAAACCUCAACGAGGAAAAGGGCGAGGUGGGCGGCUAUGGUACCGCGAAGCGACCCUUCGCAUUCAAUAUCGUCCAGAAAAUCAACCACCCAGGCGAGGUCAACAAGGCGCGCUACCAGCCCCAGAAUCCCGAUAUAAUAGCUUCUCUCUGCGUCGAUGGCAGAGUGCUCAUCUUCGAUCGAACGAAGCAUCUUAUGGUGCCUCCAGCUGACGGUAGCGUUAAGUUUGAGGCGGAACUUGUUGGGCACGAGAAGGAGGGCUUCGGCAUGAGCUGGAGCCCCCUGCUUGAAGGCCACCUUGUCACCGGAAACGAGGAUAUGACAGUGAGGACAUGGGAUAUCAAGAGUGGUUUCUCCAAGGGAAACAAGUCCAUCUCGCCCACGACUACAUACACCGUACACAGCGCAACAGUCAACGACGUCCAGUACCAUCCCAUUCACAACUUCCUCAUCGGCAGUGCAUCGGACGACCUCACAUGGCAAGUCAUCGACACACGCAUGAACACCCACAAGAGGGCACUCUACAGCAAGUCACCAGCCCAUGCGGAUGCCGUCAACUGUCUAGCCUUCCACCCCAAGUUCGAGAUGCUCCUUGCAACAGGUUCCGCUGAUAAGAGCAUCGGCAUCUGGGACCUCCGAAAUUUCGACAAGCAAUUGCACACGCUGGAGAGCCACCGUGGGGACGUUAUCGGCCUGCAGUGGCAUCCUCAGGAUUCGGCGAUCUUGGCAAGCUCCGGUUACGACCGCCGCGUCAACAUGUGGGAUCUCAGCAAGAUCGGUGACGAGCAAACUCCCGAGGAGACGGAGGAUGGCCCGCCAGAGCUGCUCUUCAUGCACGGCGGCUUCACAAACCGCAUCUGUGACUUUGACUGGAACAAGAACGAGCCUUGGGUCAUGCUCGGCGCCGCCGAAGACAACCAAUUGCAAAUCAUCCGGCCCGCCCGCAAACUCGUCGAGGCCCUCAAGAAAAACGCAGCUCACGGAGAGGUCUCAGAUUGAUCUCCCAAUUCCUUCGCCGCUCCAUGCUAAUCACACUGGUUGUUGCAGGUGGAACAAGCGCCCCAGGGCUCGUCUCCCCUUCCACCAGCCCCGCCUGUGUCUGCAUCUUCGUUUCCAACUGCGCAAAAUCCGCCUUCUCCGCGUUCUGCUCCUCCUACUUCCCUACCCAGUUCGACUGCAGCUCCGCCUCACUCUCCAUCACCUCCAAACUCGUCCGCAAAGAAGCACAAGCGAAAGUCCACUCUUGUUCCGGACGAACCGUGGCAUAUAGGCAAAUAGGCGUUUGGGAGUCUUGGUACGGCGCUCCGCUCCGGCGAUGGGUAUGCCUCCUGCGGCUGCGGGAGGUCGGGCAUUGGUAGCCGCGAUCCAUCGAUAGUUCUUCAUGAAUUGAAUAGUUUAGAGCUCUG